CCAGCUCUAUUGAGAUGAAUCGAACCAUGGCGUUCAACAGACAACGGUGUUAAGUGAACGAUCCGCCAUUCAUGUGGUAUGUAAGAGACUCGGAUACUGGAACUUUGCGGCUUUGAACCCUUCGAAAAUCUCUGAAAUUCAGCCAUUAGACUAUAAGAUUUGUUCAAAAUUUCUUUAUCAUCCAUGAUCCGGCCUUGGAAAAUUUCUUCAUUUCUAGCUCUCCACAUUAACCACAAGGUACAGGCCAAAGUAGCUUGAGCUAUCAGUCUCUGUUCAGAAUCCUUCCUUUGCAGCAGGAAUUCAACUACUUGAUGGUAAGAACGAAUAUGGGAUAAAACGGGGUAAACCACCUGCCAUACGGCUGAAGCUCUACUGCAUUGGAAAAGUAAGUGAUCCAUGUCUUCCAGGUGGUUUGGGAUAAAAUGGUGAUACGGAUGGAAUUCUAUUGGCAAGAAGAUCCGUUAUAGGGAGUUCUCCAAUGAUCAAUCCGCUCCAAGUUCUAUUACUGACCUGCACUGAAGGUUCCGACAAUAAACAGGGUAAAAAAGGUGGGCGACCCCUCCCUAACGGCUAAUACGGCGGCAGGCCAUUUAAAACCACUCCUCCCUCAACUUCCUUUCAGGCAAAAUCUCCAUCGAUUUCUCUCGUAUCUUCUCUCGAUCCUUCCAAGGGCUAGGGUUCUUGUAGUUCCGAGGACUCCGGAUCGAUCCUCUCGGCCCUCUCCACCCCACCCCCCCACCCCCAACAAUUUCCAAGGUCCCGACUCCUAACCUCUUGACCGCAGUCUCAUCUUGAGGGUUUCUAGGGUUUAUCUAUUUGCUCUGCCAAGUGACCAUGGAUCCAGAGACCGACGAGUACAUCCGAGAAUCCAUCGAGAACUCGCUCGGCCUCCUGAUCUCGGACAAGAACCUGCGUCUUAAGCUCCUCGCUUCCGAAGACGCCCGCCACCGCCUCCAAGAUCGGAUCUUCGUCCUCGAGGAGCGCCUCAAGGACACCGAGAAGCGGGUGGAGCAGUACAAGGCGGAGGCGACUAUGAACGCCCAGGGGUUGAGGAGGUGCAUCGAGGAGAAGGAGAUGGUGGCGUCGGGGUACGAUGAUUUGGUGAAGCACUGCGCCAAGUUGGAGAAGGAGUGCUCGCUGUAUGAACGGGGUCUUGAGAGGAUCAUGGAGUCCUGCGAUGAGUUUGCCAAGGAGAAUGAUGAACUUCGAGCACGGUUGCAGGAUGACUCGUCUGGAAAGCGUAAAUCCGACCGAAGUGACAGCAGUCCUAGAGGGCGGGUGAUUGAUUUCAAUGUUGCAGAUUCAUCAAGAGAGCCAUUAUCACCUCUGCAUCAAAACUCUCCUGACUCUAGAAUGCAUAAGAAGUAAAAGGGUAUUUGUCCUCAUUCUACAGAUCUUGAACGGUUGCUGCUAGGAACCUGCCUACUAAUUUUUUCUUAGCUAUUAAUCUGAACUUACAAGUUCUUAAUGUGCACAGCAUUGAAUUAAACUUGGAAAUCCGUUUCAAGUGAUAGUUGUUGUUAUGUUUUUCACCACCUACUUGACACUCAAUUGCUGAUAACAAUGCUUUCUGGUUCGUAUUCAUCAAUUAAAACGAAUGCAAAGUUUCUUGAGAA